GGCCACCUGACACCUUCUGCUCCACUUUCUGACAGCCUAGAAGACACUCUGUUGGGCUUGAUCGCUCCUGAAGGGACUUUAUAUAUUAUUUUUUUGUUACCAAACUUUAAUCCUACGAGAAAUUCAACAGACUCUGGAUGAUGUGGGCGUGACGACGCCAACCUGGUCGUGGCGAUGUAUGAGGUGAUGUCAGGUGAUACCCUGGCCUGGAAAGGAGCCAGCCCAAGACAAAGUAGCACUGACCCCAGCCCUGAAACUGACUUCACUGGGGAGGGAGGACCUGUCAAAAUCCUUAAAGUGUGCUUUUGCACCAACAGCAGCUUGGGGAAGAACUUCAAGCUGGUGAAAUGUGACAGCUCCUGGAAAAUCCAGGCUAUAAUACGCUCCAUCCUGGUCAGCGGUCGAUUGGGGCCAAACGUUGAACUGUCAAACUGUUAUGGUCUAAUGUUAAAGCACUUAAAGUCAGAGGAACUUCACUGGCUGCAUCCAGAUCUGACUGUUGGUGAAGUUGAGCAACGCUACGAGAGUCAUCAUGGGGAGGCUGAGUGGAGGUAUGAUCUAAGGAUCAGAUACAUUCCUGUUAAUUUCCUGGAGAAGUUUCAAAUGGACAGAUCCACGUUUCUUUAUUUUUAUCAGCAGGUGCGUAGCGACUACAUGCAGUUUCAUGCCAGCAAGGUCAGCGAUGGGAUGGCCCUGCAGCUUGGCUGUUUGGAGAUCAGGAGGUUCUAUAAAGAUAUGAAUGCAAAAGGCCUUGAAAAGAAAUCUAACUUUGAGCUGCUAGAAAAAGAAGUUGGCCUGGACCUUUUUUUCCCACAGCAGCUGAUAAACAGCAUGAAGUCUAAGCAGCUACGGAAGAUGAUCCAACAAACAUUUCAACAGUAUGCAACACUUAAGGAGGAUGACUGUAUGAUUAAGUUUUUCGAGACUUUCAAGACAUUUAUCAACUAUGACGAAGAGGUUUUUCCGUGUGAGUUAGUGCAAGGUUGGAGUCUGUCUGUGGAGCUGGUCAUUGGAGGAAGGGGCAUUCGCCAACGUUCUCAGAAAGAUUCAGCAGCCCUGUUCCUAACUGACUUCAAACAGAUAAAGAAAAUCCAGUGCUUGCCACAAAGCGAUGGCAAGGCGCUCCUAAACAUCAGUGUUGAAGGCGCAAAACAAAGCUUGUCUAUCAGUGUGGCUACGGUCCCUAUGGCAGAAAACAUGAUGGAUCUCAUUGAUGGAUACUGUCGACUGGAAAAAGACACAGACGAUAGCGUCAUUUACCGACCAAACAAAGAUCCAAAGCCUGUACGGACGUCCCUACCUGACAUCCCUACAGACAGCAGAGACCGCAGCUCAGCCAGGCACAGUAUGGGUUCUGAUAUUUAUUGCGAGAUCCUUGAUGAGAGACCAAAAUCAGCUGUGAAAUAUGGGAUUGAUAGAAGUGACAUAAUUCUGGGGCGGAUUCUGGGUGAGGGUUUCUUUGGAGAAGUGUACGAUGGAAUGUACAAAAAAGCCAAUGGGGAAAGAGUUAACGUGGCUGUCAAGACCUGCAAGGAUUGUUCAUCCGACGUGAUGGAAAAAUUCAUGAGCGAAGCAGUGAUUAUGAAGAACCUUGAUCAUCCUCACAUUGUCAAACUGAUUGGAAUCAUAGAAGAUAAUCCUGUGUGGAUCGUUAUGGAGCUUUAUGAGUAUGGAGAGCUCGGUAACUACCUGACUAAGAACCAAAAACAGCUGACCAACACAACCCUGGUGCUGUUCAGCCUGCAGAUCUGCAAAGCCCUCGUCUACCUUGGAGGGUGCAACAUGGUGCACAGAGACAUUGCGGUUCGGAACGUGUUAGUUGCAAGCCCUGACUGCGUCAAGCUCGGAGACUUUGGUCUGUCGAGAUACAUCGAGGAUGAAGAAUAUUACAAAGCUUCUGUUACUCGAUUACCAAUCAAGUGGAUGGCCCCAGAAUCCAUCAACUUUCGACGUUUUACCUCAGCUAGCGAUGUGUGGAUGUUUGCUGUGUGCAUGUGGGAAAUAAUGAGCCGUGGACAGCAGCCGUUCUUCUGGCUGGAGAACAGAGAUGUCAUCAACCAGCUGGAGCAGGGCAUCAGAUUGCCCAAACCGGACAACUGCCCCCCUGCUCUUUAUUCACUCAUGACGCGCUGCUGGUCCUAUGAUCCCGGAGAGAGACCAAAUUUCACUGAGCUUGUGGUCAAGAUAAGUGAUGUGCAAAAGAUGGAGAAAGAGCAGGAUAUAGAGAGAGAAAGAGACAGAGCGCGCGCCACCAAGUUUUUUGAACCAAAGGUGAACUUUGGAGAAGCUCCCCCCAAGCCUUCAAGGACAAAGCCAGGCCGGUUUGGGAACACUCUUAGUAUUGGUCUACAUAUUCAGCUGAAUGAAGCUCUAUGUGCCAGCUCUCCUGACCUGGCCAGCCCAUGUGAAUACCAAUCCCCAGUUGACUCCAGAAACACACUUGCGUUGCCCGUUAGGUCACCUCGUAGGCGCAGCAUUGGGGAGGGCGAGUUUCUCCGAAUGGAUCCAAACAACAGGGAGGACGCCCAGCGGCUGUGGCAGAAUGAACGGCGACACAUGCAAGACACUCUACGGCUGCAGAAAGAGCAAAUGAUGGAGGAUAAGAAGUGGCUUGAGAAGGAGGAGAAACUCCUGGACCCCAUGGGACAAGAUAACACUCUAAAUCCAGGGCAAAUUGAAGCUGAAAGUGAAAAUGCACCGCCUGAAAAACCCCCACGACUCAAAGCACAGGCUGCUCCCACAGCAGAGAUUGACCGCACUGAUGAUAAAGUAUACCACCACGUUAUGAACUUGGUGAAAGUUGUUGUCCAACUCAAAAACGACAUCACUGAGCUGCAGCCAGAACAAUACAUCACCCUUGUCAAGUCUGUUGGGAUGGCCUUAAGAGAUCUGAUUCACAGUGUGGAUGACGUACUACCCACUUUACAUGAGUCAGUCAAAACUGAGAUUGAAGGAACACAGAAGUUGCUGAACAAUGACAUGGCUGAGCUGAUCAGCAAAAUGCGCCUGGCCCAGCAGAACGCCAUAACAACAUUAAAGGAGGAGUGCAAGAAACAGAUGCUGGCUGCCGCACACACUCUGGCCAUGGACAGCAAGAAUAUGUUAGAUGCUGUGGACCAAGCAAGAGUCAGGGCUAAUUUAGCCAAGCCAGCUGAACCAGAGUGAUCGGCUUUUGUUGUUUAAAUGAGUUUUUCUAUGUUUGUUUAAAAUAACACUUUGACCUCAUCAGGCAGUAUGGUUUUGAUAAACAUGAGCCAGCUGCAUCCUCUGGUUCUUUGGAAAACCAUCAGGAUAUACAUGCAUUUGAUACUACUGAUUAGCUCAGAUAUAUUGUCAGAGGAAAAUCAAAUAUGUACACUGACAUUUGAUAUAUUAAAAAAGAAAGUCCUGUAAAAGAAGCUUUAAGGAGCAUUGAUUUAAUAUCCAAGCGAUGUUUAAACUGCUGCCGCAGCUGAGCUGGGACACUCAAUUAAAAUCUUUGUAAAUACAUUUAG